UGAUAAGAAAGCGCACAAAGGCGCACACAACAGCAGGAGCUUUGUCGGGUCCCUUAUUUGUUUCUCUGUCCGUUUCCAAGAUCAAGAGUUGUACCAAUUUUUCAAACAUUACAGAAUGGAAGGGAUUAUAAAGUCACAUCAGUGGAGGUAUGUAUCGAUGCUUCUUAUUUUCUCUGCUGUUUUGUACUCGGCGUCCGCUGUUACACAUUAUUCCAUCCCCGAAGAAAUGGAGGAAGGCUCUGUCGUCGCUAAUUUAGCAUCAGAUUUGGGACUGGAUGUGAAGACACUGAGCAGACGAAAAAUGCGGCUCGAUAUUAUAUCAAACAAAAAAUAUCUCGAUGUGAACAAGGAGACAGGAGAGCUCUACAUAUUAGAAAAGAUGGAUAGAGAAUAUCUUUGUAGUGUUAAAACAGCAACAACAUGUUUUAUCAAAAUGGAAGUGACACUCGAAAAUCCUGUGCGAAUAUUUAACAUUGAAAUUGAAAUUGUGGAUAUAAACGAUAAUGCUCCCCAAUUUCGGAGGGACACGAUUCAUCUGGACAUUUCAGAAUCUACUGCGGCCGGAGAGAGAUUCUCGCUCAGUAACGCAGUAGACCCUGAUAUCGGAUCGAAUUCGAUUAAAACCUAUUACUUGAGUGAGAGUGCACAUUUUGACAUUGAAAUACAAACAGGGAGGGACGGGUCAAAAUUCGCUGAUCUGAUCCUUAAAAAGCCAUUAGACAGAGAAGAACAUGCGUCACAUAAUCUGAUACUCACUGCUGUAGAUGGAGGAGUCCCGGCGCGCUCUGGAACAGCAAGUAUCAUUGUGCGCGUACUGGACACGAAUGACAACGCCCCUCAAUUCGAUAAAGACAGCUAUACUAUAAAUCUAACAGAAAACUCACCAAUUGGAAGUCUUGUUGUAAAAUUAAACGCUACAGAUAAAGAUGAGGGCUCAAAUUCAGAUAUAAUGUACUCCUAUAGUUUGUAUACCUCGGAGAAAACGCAGCAGACAUUCAGUCUGAAUCCUGACAAUGGUGAAAUCAGAGUGAAAGAAAUGAUUAAUUAUGAGGAUUUCAGGAUCUAUGACAUGGAAAUUAUAGCAACAGAUAAAGGAGCUAAUAGUCUCUCUGGAAAGUGUAAAGUAAAGAUUUUAAUCACAGAUAUGAACGAUAAUCAUCCUGAAAUUUCUAUCAAAUCUUUCUCUAGUCCAGUUAAAGAGGAUAUACCUGUAAAUACAGUAAUUGCAGUUGUUAGUGUGAGUGAUAAAGACUCUGGAGAAAAUGGACAGGUAGAUGUUCAUAUUUCUGAUGAUUUACCUUUUGCGCUCCAAGAAUCAUCAAAUAAUUAUUAUGAGUUAAUAGUUUCAGAACCGUUAGACCGUGAAAAAGUCCCAGAAUAUGACAUCACUAUUACCGUGAUUGACAGGGGCAACCCGCCGUUAUCUGAUAAUGAAACUAUAACUUUAGAGCUACUGGACGUGAACGACAAUGUUCCUCAGUUCCCUCAGACAUUCUACACGAUACCUGUUAUGGAGAAUAACGCACCUGGAGCUUUACUGAGCUCUUUAACCGCUAUAGACCCAGAUCUCCACGAAAAUCAGUAUCUAGUUUAUUUCAUCAUAGAGAAGGAAAUAGUGAACACCUCCAUGUCCAUGUUGUUCUCCAUGAAUCCAGAGAACGGUAAUCUUUACGCGCUAAAGACGUUUGACUAUGAGAUCGAGAAGGAGUUCCUUUUUCACAUCGAGGCCAGAGACUCUGGUGUCCCUCCGCUCAGCAGUAACGUGACCGUUCACAUUAUUAUCAUGGAUCAGAACGACAACACACCGCUUAUAGUGUCUCCAUGGCGCGCGCACGGCUCGGUGGUGGAGGAAAAGAUCCCGAGAUCCACCGAUAAAGGAACUCUGAUAUCCAAAGUCAUUGCCAUAGACUCGGAUUCAGUGCAUAACUCUCGGAUCACGUACCAGUUUCUCCAGAACACUGACGCAACAUUAUUCAGCUUGGAUCAGUACAACGGAGAGAUUCGGACCAUGAGGAUGUUCAGUUACAGAGACUCGCGCCACCAGCGGCUGGUGGUGAUCGCCAAGGACAACGGAGAGCCCGCGCUCUCUGCUACAGUCACCAUCAAACUGUCCACGGUGGAGACCGCCCUUAAAGCCUAUGCUGACAUGACUGAGGUGCCUUUGGAAUAUGACAUCUUCUCAGAUUUAAACCUGUAUCUGGUGAUCGGACUGGGCUCGGUGUCAUUUCUGUUACUCAUCACCAUAUUGGUCACCAUCGUGCUGAAGUGUCAGAAAGCGAAGCCCAGCAAAGCGGCUCCUCCCUGUAGGAACAGUGUGAUCAGCGAGAGGAACUCUACCAUCGCGGAUUCCACUCUGGUCUCCAAUGAUGCCUACUGGUACAGUUUAUUUCUAGCCGAGACGAGGAAAGGAAAGCUGGUGGUCAGACAGCCGGUGCCAAAGGGGGCGAGAUACAUCGUGUCCAGUAUACCGAGAAGCACAGGACUGACUGAGACCAGCGACUCCGCUGCAUCUACUCUACAGGAAAUGGACGAGGGCUCUGUUGUAUCUAAUUUAGCUACUGAUCUGGGAUUAGAUGUUAGAACGUUGAGUAGACGUAAGAUUCGGCUUGACACUCUUGCGAAUAAAAAGUAUUUGGAUAUAAACAAAGAAACGGGAGAGCUGUUCAUUGUGGAGAGAAUUGACCGCGAGCACAUUUGCACCACGAAGUCAGCAGCAACGUGUGUUCUUAAACUGGAUGCCACGAUUGAAAAUCCUGUACGAAUGUUUAAUAUUGAGUUGGAAAUUCUUGACAUCAAUGACAAUGCUCCGAAUUUUAGAAGAGACACAAUGCAUUUGGACAUCUCUGAGUCUACGCCUGUUGGAGAACGAUUCUCUUUGAACAAUGCCAUUGAUCCUGAUAUCGGGGUUAAUUCAAUAAAAACUUACUAUCUCAGUGAAAGCGAUUAUUUUUCAGUCGAGAUUCAGACCGGAAGGGAUGGAUCAAAAUUCACUGAUUUGAUUCUGAAAAAAGCUUUGGAUAGAGAAGAACAGGCCAUCCAUAAUCUGGUACUCACUGCUGUAGAUGGAGGAGUCCCGGCGCGCUCUGGAACAGCAAGUAUCAUUGUGCGCGUACUGGACACGAAUGACAACGCCCCUCAAUUCGAUAAAGACAGUUAUACUAUAAAUCUAACAGAAAACUCACCAAUUGGAAGUCUUGUUGUAAAAUUAAACGCUACAGAUAAAGAUGAGGGCUCAAAUUCAGAUAUAAUGUACUCCUAUAGUUUGUAUACCUCGGAGAAAACGCAGCAGACAUUCAGUCUGAAUCCUGACAAUGGUGAAAUCAGAGUGAAGGAAAUGAUUAAUUAUGAGGAUUUCAGGAUCUAUGACAUGGAAAUUAUAGCAACAGAUAAAGGAGCUAAUAGUCUCUCUGGAAAGUGUAAAGUAAAGAUUUUAAUCACAGAUAUGAAUGAUAAUCAUCCUGAAAUUUCUAUCAAAUCUUUCUCUAGUCCAGUUAAAGAGGAUAUACCUGUAAAUACAGUAAUUGCAGUUGUUAGUGUGAGUGAUAAAGACUCUGGAGAAAAUGGACAGGUAGAUGUUCAUAUUUCUGAUGAUUUACCUUUUGCGCUCCAAGAAUCAUCAGAUAAUUAUUAUGAGUUAAUAGUUUCAGAACCGUUAGACCGUGAAAAAGUCCCAGAAUAUGACAUCACUAUUACCGUGAUUGACAGGGGCAACCCGCCGUUAUCUGAUAAUGAAACUAUAACUUUAGAGCUACUGGACGUGAAUGACAAUGUUCCUCAGUUCCCUCAGACAUUCUACACGAUACCUGUUAUGGAGAAUAACGCACCUGGAGCUUUACUGAGCUCUUUAACCGCUAUAGACCCAGAUCUCCACGAAAAUCAGUAUCUAGUUUAUUUCAUCAUAGAGAAGGAAAUAGUGAACACCUCCAUGUCCAUGUUGUUCUCCAUGAAUCCAGAGAACGGUAAUCUUUACGCGCUAAAAACGUUUGACUAUGAGAUCGAGAAGGAGUUCCUUUUCCACAUCGAGGCCAGAGACUCUGGUGUCCCUCCGCUCAGCAGUAACGUGACCGUUCACAUUAUUAUCAUGGAUCAGAACGACAACACACCGCUUAUAGUGUCUCCAUGGCGCGCGCACGGCUCGGUGGUGGAGGAAAAGAUCCCGAGAUCCACCGAUAAAGGAACUCUGAUAGCCAAAGUCAUUGCCAUAGACUCGGAUUCAGUGCAUAACUCUCGGAUCACGUACCAGUUUCUCCAGAACACUGAUGCGACAUUAUUCAGCUUGGAUCAGUACAACGGAGAGAUUCGGACCAUGAGAAUGUUCAGUUACAGAGACUCGCGCCACCAGCGGCUGGUGGUGAUCGCCAAGGACAACGGAGAGCCCGCGCUCUCUGCUACAGUCACCAUCAAACUGUCCACGGUGGAGACCGCCCUUAAAGCCUAUGCUGACAUGACUGAGGUGCCUUUGGAAUAUGACAUUUUCUCAGAUUUAAACCUGUAUCUGGUGAUCGGACUGGGCUCGGUGUCAUUUCUGUUACUCAUCACCAUAUUUGUCACCAUCGUGCUGAAGUGUCAGAAAGCGAAGCCCAGCAAAGCGGCUCCUCCCUGUAGGAACAGUGUGAUCAGCGAGAGGAACUCUACCAUCGCAGAUUCCACUCUGGUCUCCAAUGAUGCCUACUGGUACAGUUUAUUUCUAGCCGAGACGAGGAAAGGAAAGCUGGUGGUCAGACAGCCGGUGCCAAAGGGGGCGAGAUACAUCGUGUCCAGUAUACCGAGAAGCACAGGACUGACUGAGACCAGCGACUCCGCUGCAUCUACUCUACAGGCAUCACUAGCUGUUACUCACUACACUAUUCCCGAGGAAAUGGACGAAGGAUCUGUGGUUGCAAAUUUAGCGUCUGAUUUGGGUCUGGACUUGAAGACUCUCAGUAAACGGAAAAUGCGGUUGGAUGUCGUCGCUAAUAAAAGAUAUCUUGACGUUAACAAAGACACUGGCGAGUUGUACAUUUUAGAAAGGAUCGAUAGAGAGAAUAUAUGCCCAUCAAAAUCAGUCACAACAUGUGUUAUAAAAGUGGACGCUACAUUAGAGAAUCCUAUUCGACUGUUUAAUAUUGAACUGGAAAUAAUGGACAUAAAUGAUAAUGCGCCACGAUUCCGACGUGAUACGAUGUAUCUGGAUAUAUCAGAAUCAACUGCAACUGGAGAGAGGUUUUCACUCACAAAUGCUGUAGAUCCUGACACAGGCUCGAACUCCAUAAAGACAUACUAUCUAAGUGAGAGCGACCAUUUUAGUAUUGAGAUUCAGACAGGACGAGACGGAUCAAAGUUUGCCGACUUGAUACUAAAAAAGCCAUUAGACAGAGAAGAACAUGCGUCACAUAAUCUGAUACUCACUGCUGUAGAUGGAGGAGUUCCUGCGCGCUCUGGCACGGUAGGUGUCAUUGUGCGCGUACUGGACACGAAUGACAACGCCCCUCAAUUCGACAAAGACAGCUAUACUAUAAAUCUAACAGAAAACUCACCAAUUGGAAGCCUUGUCCUGAAAUUAAAUGCCUCAGAUAUCGAUGAUGGAACGAAUUCAGAUGUAGUGUACUCUUUUAGUCUAUACACUUCAGAGAAAACGCAGCAGACAUUCAGUCUGAAUCCUGACAGUGGUGAAAUCAGAGUGAAAGAAAUGAUUAAUUAUGAGGAUUUCAGGAUCUAUGACAUGGAAAUCAUAGCAACAGAUAAAGGAGCUAAUAGUCUCUCUGGAAAGUGUAAAGUAAAGAUUUUAAUCACAGAUAUGAACGAUAAUCAUCCUGAAAUUUCUAUCAAAUCUUUCUCUAGUCCAGUUAAAGAGGAUAUACCUGUAAAUACAGUAAUUGCAGUUGUUAGUGUGAGUGAUAAAGACUCUGGAGAAAAUGGACAGGUAGAUGUUCAUAUUUCUGAUGAUUUACCUUUUGCGCUCCAGGAAUCAUCAGAUAAUUAUUAUGAGUUAAUAGUUUCAGAACCGUUAGACCGUGAAAAAGUCCCAGAAUAUGACAUCACAAUUACCGUGAUUGACAGGGGCAACCCGCCGUUAUCUGAUAAUGAAACUAUAACUUUAGAGCUACUGGACGUGAACGACAAUGUUCCUCAGUUCCCUCAGACAUUCUACACGAUACCUGUUAUGGAGAAUAACGCACCUGGAGCUUUACUGAGCUCUUUAACCGCUAUAGACCCAGAUCUCCACGAAAAUCAGUAUCUAGUUUAUUUCAUCAUAGAGAAGGAAAUAGUGAACACCUCCAUGUCCAUGUUGUUCUCCAUGAAUCCAGAGAACGGUAAUCUUUACGCGCUAAAGACGUUUGACUAUGAGAUCGAGAAGGAGUUCCUUUUCCACAUCGAGGCCAGAGACUCUGGUGUCCCUCCGCUCAGCAGUAACGUGACCGUUCACAUUAUUAUCAUGGAUCAGAACGACAACACACCGCUUAUAGUGUCUCCAUGGCGCGCGCACGGCUCGGUGGUGGAGGAAAAGAUCCCGAGAUCCACCGAUAAAGGAACUCUGAUAUCCAAAGUCAUUGCCAUAGACUCGGAUUCAGUGCACAACUCUCGGAUCACGUACCAGUUUCUCCAGAACACUGAUGCGACAUUAUUCAGCUUGGAUCAAUACAACGGAGAGAUUCGGACCAUGAGAAUGUUCAGUUACAGAGACUCGCGCCACCAGCGGCUGGUGGUGAUCGCCAAGGACAACGGAGAGCCCGCACUCUCUGCUACAGUCACCAUCAAACUGUCCACGGUGGAGACCGCCCUUAAAGCCUAUGCUGACAUGACUGAGGUGCCUUUGGAAUAUGACAUCUUCUCAGAUUUAAACCUGUAUCUGGUGAUCGGACUGGGCUCGGUGUCAUUUCUGUUACUCAUCACCAUAUUGGUCACCAUCGUGCUGAAGUGUCAGAAAGCGAAGCCCAGCAAAGCGGCUCCUCCCUGUAGGAACAGUGUGAUCAGCGAGAGGAACUCUACCAUCGCGGAUUCCACUCUGGUCUCCAAUGAUGCCUACUGGUACAGUUUAUUUCUAGCCGAGACGAGGAAAGGAAAGCUGGUGGUCAGACAGCCGGUGCCAAAGGGGGCGAGAUACAUCGUGUCCAGUAUACCGAGAAGCACAGGACUGACUGAGACCAGCGACUCCGCUGCAUCUACUCUACAGGGAGAGAUACAUCGUGUCCAGUAUACCGAGAAGCACAGGACUGACCGAGACCAGCGACUCCGCUGCAUCUACGCUACAACUUAUAAAGACACACGACUCACCGAAAGAAUGGAGGCGCAGCCCAGGAUGGAAUAUAUUGCGACAUUUCUUCUGCUUUCUGCGGUCGUUAACAUCGCGUCUUCUGUCACCCAUUAUUCUAUUCCGGAGGAGAUGGAGGUAGGCUCUGUGGUUGCUAAUUUGGCCGCCGAUUUAGGAAUCGAUGUGCAGACACUGGGAAGUCGAAAAAUCAGGUUAGAUAUCCUUGCAAAUAAGAAAUACCUGGAUGUGAACAAAGACACUGGCGAGCUGCUUAUUUUGGAGCGCAUUGAUCGAGAAUAUAUCUGUACAUCUAAAACAGUGUGUUAUUUAAAAAUGGAAGUCAUACUGGAGAACCCAGUUCGUAUAUUUAACAUUGAAUUGGAAAUUAUGGAUAUUAACGACAACGCGCCGUAUUUUCGUCGGGACACGAUUAAUUUGGACGUCUCUGAAUCUACUUCUGUUGGCGAGAGGUUUUCACUCAGUAAUGCUGUUGAUCCUGAUAUUGGUUCAAAUUCGAUUAAAAGUUAUCAUUUGAGUGAAAGCGCAAAUUUUGAUAUUCAAGUACAGACAGGGAGGGAUGGUUCAAAAUUUGCUGAUUUGAUACUGAAAAAAUCAUUAGAUCGCGAAGAACAGGCCAUCCAUAAUCUGAUACUCACUGCUGUAGAUGGAGGAGUCCCGGCGCGCUCUGGAACAGCAAGUAUCAUUGUGCGCGUACUGGACACGAAUGACAACGCCCCUCAAUUCGAUAAAGACAGUUAUACUAUAAAUCUAACAGAAAACUCACCAAUUGGAAGUCUUGUUGUAAAAUUAAACGCCACAGAUAAAGACGAGGGCUCAAAUGCAGCUAUUACUUAUUCUUUUAGUCUGUAUACUUCAGAGAAAACGCAGAAAACUUUUGAAUUAAACCCAAACAGUGGUGAAAUCAGAGUGAAAGAAAUGAUUAAUUAUGAGGAUUUCAGGAUCUAUGACAUGGAAAUUAUAGCAACAGAUAAAGGAGCUAAUAGUCUCUCUGGAAAGUGUAAAGUAAAGAUUUUAAUCACAGAUAUGAAUGAUAAUCAUCCUGAAAUUUCUAUCAAAUCUUUCUCUAGUCCAGUUAAAGAGGAUAUACCUGUAAAUACAGUAAUUGCAGUUGUUAGUGUGAGUGAUAAAGACUCUGGAGAAAAUGGACAGGUAGAUGUUCAUAUUUCUGAUGAUUUACCUUUUGCGCUUAAAGAAUCAUCAGAUAAUUAUUAUGAGUUAAUAGUUUCAGAACCGUUAGACCGUGAAAAAGUCCCAGAAUAUGACAUCACUAUUACCGUGAUUGACAGGGGCAACCCGCCGUUAUCUGAUAAUGAAACUAUAACUUUAGAGCUACUGGACGUGAACGACAAUGUUCCUCAGUUCCCUCAGACAUUCUACACGAUACCUGUUAUGGAGAAUAACGCACCUGGAGCUUUACUGAGCUCUUUAACCGCUAUAGACCCAGAUCUCCACGAAAAUCAGUAUCUAGUUUAUUUCAUCAUAGAGAAGGAAAUAGUGAACACCUCCAUGUCCAUGUUGUUCUCCAUGAAUCCAGAGAACGGUAAUCUUUACGCGCUAAAAACGUUUGACUAUGAGAUCGAGAAGGAGUUCCUUUUCCACAUCGAGGCCAGAGACUCUGGUGUUCCUCCGCUCAGCAGUAACGUGACCGUUCACAUUAUUAUCAUGGAUCAGAACGACAACACACCGCUUAUAGUGUCUCCAUGGCGCGCGCACGGCUCGGUGGUGGAGGAAAAGAUCCCGAGAUCCACCGAUAAAGGAACUCUGAUAUCCAAAGUCAUUGCCAUAGACUCGGAUUCAGUGCAUAACUCUCGGAUCACGUACCAGUUUCUCCAGAACACUGACGCAACAUUAUUCAGCUUGGAUCAAUACAACGGAGAGAUUCGGACCAUGAGAAUGUUCAGUUACAGAGACUCGCGCCACCAGCGGCUGGUGGUGAUCGCCAAGGACAACGGAGAGCCCGUGCUCUCUGCAACAGUCACCAUCAAACUGUCCACGGUGGAGACCGCCCUUAAAGCCUAUGCUGACAUGACUGAGGUGCCUUUGGAAUAUGACAUCUUCUCAGAUUUAAACCUGUAUCUGGUGAUCGGACUGGGCUCGGUGUCAUUUCUGUUACUCAUCACCAUAUUGGUCACCAUCGUGCUGAAGUGUCAGAAAGCGAAGCCCAGCAAAGCGGCUCCUCCCUGUAGGAACAGUGUGAUCAGCGAGAGGAACUCUACCAUCGCGGAUUCCACUCUGGUCUCCAAUGAUGCCUACUGGUACAGUUUAUUUCUAGCCGAGACGAGGAAAGGAAAGCUGGUGGUCAGACAGCCGGUGCCAAAGGGGGCGAGAUACAUCGUGUCCAGUAUACCGAGAAGCACAGGACUGACUGAGACCAGCGACUCCGCUGCAUCUACUCUACAGGCAUCCACGACCACCAGCAGCAGUUCCACCUGAGGACCACCGCAACCGUUUAAGAAAGUCCCUGCACAUCUGUCCACCUGCAUCCACCCUACAGAGGCGACAACAACACGUCCAUCUUCACCUCAACGUUUGGAGAGUUUUGAAGAAUCGCCCUCGCUUUGAGUUCUCUUCCCCAACAAGUUCAUGGACAAUCUGACCCUUCGGAUAUUAAGAGAUUCUCUUACACCUGACCAGUCAGGAUUGGACUUGGACUGGGUCUGUGAGUGCACACACACAAACAUACACAUUUACUUGGCUAUCUAAAUAGUGACAUACCAUAGACUUCUUUUGACUAACUGUAAUCCACACCCUACCACCAAAAGAAACCUUUUUGCAUUUUUAGAUUUGAAAAAAAGUAUUAUUUAAUGCAUGUAUCGUUUUUACAAUUGAAGACUUCUCCUCAUUUCACAAAAAGAGGUUUUGUCAGUUUUAGCCGCCACAAUUUUACUCCCAAAUUAUACCUCCAAACGGCACAGCUCAUGUCUUUAUCAACAAACUCCUGUAAAAUCAGUAUGCUUGUGUUUGCAUGUUUCAGCUGCACAUUAGAUCAUUCUUACAUUUAAUCACUGAUAAAUACAUUGCAGAGAGAAAUGAUCAGAACACAUUCACAUGAACUGGAACGGACAUUAAGUGAUAUUAAACGAGUACAAAUGAUUGAAAUGAUGGAGCUAUAAAGGAAAGAUGAACUGAGUUUGGACCUUGAAAGCUUCCCUUUUCCUUUUCCUCUUCUGCUAUCAAAAUAAUGCAAGUAUUAUCCAGUAUAUACAGAGUAGGUCACAGCAAAAGCUGUUUGUUGUGCUGUGUAUGUCACUGCUUUUGUCUGUCGUAUUGUAUUAUGUCUGUGUUGUGUCAGUAUUUUUUUCUAUAUGUAAAGAUACAAAGUUAAAUCUAAGCACUGAUCUGGCACACAAAGAGUUAAGAAUGGAGUACUGUUGUAAAUAGGAUCUUUCCUGAUUUUAUCUGCCAUUCUCAUAGCAUUUUGGGCUUAGUGGAGUCUGUGAAAUCACCAUGACAACACACUGCUUCCUCUAUGGUGUCAGUUGACAAAUGCAGACAAAGCACAGUGAUGUCAUAGUGCAAAGGAUUUGAAGGUCAGAAAUGUUGCAGAGACAAUGAGUUUAGGAGAUUUUUCUCUCUUUCUCUCUCUGUUUAUUAUAUCUCAGAUAAAACCUACCCUACUGAGAUGAAUGCAUCUUUAUUAUUAAUCAGCGAGUUCCUCCUGUCUUAUAGCAAAAGCGCUUUUAGAGAUGGAGACUCUACAUCAAACAGGGCCAAAAAUGGCUUUUCAGUCCAACAGAUAUUUCAGCCUUCACUACAUCUUUAAAAUGAGCCCAAAUUUAAUCCUUAAAGUGUAAAUAGCAUUCAAUAAGAAGUGAUUAUGUCUCUAUUUCAAAAGGACCUAUAUUAGGCUAUAUUCAGCCACGUGAAAGGUUUUGCUCACAUGAUCAAAUAAGAUUUAAAUCUGGCUGCACUGUUCUUUAAUUAGAUUCCCAUUGUUUUGUGAUGGAAAAACAGACUGGCUACAUGUAGUGUAGUUACACACUGGAUUAUCAAUGGUGUCGGAUGACUUUGCAUUGUUAUAACACUACACAAGAUUGCAGAAGUUUACUUUGAUUACUUAUAUAUUUACUGCCUACAUAGUUUUUUUAAUCUGAUAUUGUAGAAUGUGUUUACGGUUCAUGACGUGGCUUUACCACUUAAAAAAAAAGACAAUAUAGCAAAAAAGGUGAAACUACAAUGUGCAUCAUUUUUUCAUUUCUUAAAUGCCUUGUCAACAAGAUUAUGUAUUAACUUUAAAAUGGCUGCUUUUUAUUAUUGAUAUUUUCUAUUUGCUAGUUAUAACAGUGGUACAAUAUAUGUAUGUUAAUGUUUUGGUUACAGUGAACACUAUGGUAUUGUUGUUUUUCUGAUAUUUUCAGCCUUCUUGAAAUGUAAUUUAUGGUUAAGACAAUAAUCAUAUCUUAAAGGGUUUGAUGGCUUCCCCAGGCAGGUCAACAGGUCAAAAUAUCUGGGUAUCAGUGUAAAGACCAGCUCUGGUACAGCGUGUGUAUUGACCAAGACGUACAUUCUGUACAAAGCUAUGAAUAUAUUAACACAAUUAGACAUCUUAUAAUUUCCGUUUAAGAGGAAUAAAUGACGGAUGUUUACAUGUGACCUUUUAAAACAGGCCACAGUAGAUUCAAAGACACUUAAAAGGUGGUGUAAUAGCUGAUUCACAGCAUUGGCUAAUUCUCAGACAUGAGCAGUGUUUUAAAAUAAUCAUUAUUUAAGUCAACCGACGAGAACUAGAGCUACAUUUCUAGUAGAUUGCUAAAAUUCAAAGGUGUUUUCUGUGAUUGUAUAUAUGAAAGAGAGCUGAGAGCAUGAGGGAGCGUUUGAUCAGUGAGCGCAGCUAGAAGUGGGUCACUCCUCUCUCUCUCUCCCUGCUCAGGAAAGCAGCUAAAAUUCAUUGAACCAAAAGCCUCAUUUUGGCCUGCUAUUUAUAGGUGGCUUGUUCAAAAAGCACAGGACGGCCCUUUCAUGGUUGUAGGCCAUCUCGUAUGCCCUCUAGUCCCUAAUGCCUCUUUCUCUGCUGUCCAGUGAAUAAAAAAGGACUACAAGAACAUAUUGUGUUCACUUAAUGCAGUUAUUCUAUUGCAUUUCUCUACUUGCAUUUGUGCUCUUAAGCAGACAAACUGACUUUCUAAAGCAUACAUGAUCUGCCUGGGAGAAAACUCACAAGACCCUCUUUGCUCAUGAUUAUCUGCUGAUACAUUUGUACUGCAUAUUAACUGGAUCAAAACCUCACAGACAAUAGUGAGAGAUUUCUUUCAUUUUCCAUAUAAUUCUGAACUACAUAAAAUGUGUUGGUACAUUGCAUUUGUAAUGUGUUUUUUCUGCUUUUGUUACUUUUGCUAAUAUGAGCAGCAAUCAGCCUGUGGACUAGCAGAGAUGGAGUAAAAAAAUAUAUAUAUAUAUAUAUAUAUAUAUAUAUAUAUAUAUAUAUAUAUAUAAAUGUGUUUGUACAUUUAUACUGUUUACAUUAUUAUCUUUUAAAUAGCUAGAGAAAGAUAAGAUUAAUCUAUGUAAACUGUAGAAUCAAGUGGCUCAAUGUGCACUGUAAUCUCUUUGCUUGCAUGACUGUCAGCUGUGUGUCUGAGUUUGGUUUUGUUUGGAGGAGUUAAUGGGUAAAGAUGAGGUCAUCUCUGCAGAUGACAUAAUGCAGAUCCCAGAUGAGCCUUUUCUUUUAGAUUAAAACUCAUGACAAAACCAUACUCAAAUGAUCAUCUCAAACUCUCUGAUUACUAAAUCUGUGUCUAUUUCUCUCUUCUUCUGUUAAUACUAAAAAAAAUAAACAAUAAAAGAUUUGAAAUGCUGUCCUGGCUGGAUCAGUGAUGUGGAUCAGAAAUAAAGCAUCUCUUUUCCUCUUGA